AUGCCCCCAGAGGAGAUCUCGAAAAAUCCAGAGAAGAAGCAGCUGGGCCACUCGUCUCGUCAUCUGAGGAUCACUGACUUUGAAUUGAUGCGAACACUUGGAACGGGUACCUUUGCUCGAGUAUGGCUCUGUCGCUUCGCCAAUCCCGCCCCCCAGGAUCGAGACAAAGUUUUCGCCCUGAAGGUUCUGAAGAAGGUGGAUGUUAUCAAACUGAAACAGGUCGAACACGUUCGCAAUGAGCGAGACGUUCUUGCUGCGGUCGCUGGUCACCCUUUCAUUACCACUCUAAUUACCUCUUUCUCGGACGAAACCUCCUUGUACAUGCUUCUCGACUAUACUCCCGGCGGCGAGAUCUUCUCUUAUCUGAGGCGAGCUCGCCGCUUUCCAGUCGCAACCGUCCAAUUCUACGCCGCCGAGAUCACUCUCAUCCUGGCUUAUCUCCACGAGGUUCAGUUUGUGGCCUAUCGCGACCUCAAGCCGGAAAACAUCUUGCUGGACGUGGAUGGCCACCUCAAAUUAGUCGACUUUGGAUUCGCUAAAUACCUGCCGCCCAUCCAACAACAGACAUCCGCCGAUAAUCAUCCAAUUACUCACGCAAAACCCAGCGGGGAGCAUCCGGAGCCGCAAGCGAGUGGAGCGGGAGUCACCUAUACUCUUUGCGGUACACCGGAAUAUCUUGCACCAGAAGUGAUACGUAACACCGGUCACGGCACAGCUGUGGAUUGGUGGGCGCUCGGCAUUCUGGUAUACGAAAUGCUGAUCGGGCAGCCACCCUUCUGGGAUCAGAAUCCAAUGCGCAUAUAUGAGCAGAUUGUUGCUGGCCACAUCCGCUUUCCGACUUCCCAGCCUUCCUCGCAGGGCCACCGCCCCAGUCUUCAUGUUCCCAGAGCCGCCCGCGAUUUCAUUCUCGCGUUGUGCAAGACAGAUCCCACCCAGCGCUUAGGCCACAUCGCUGGAGGAAGCAAACGAGUCAUGGAGCAUCCCUUCUUCGAUGGGGUGAACUGGGACGACAUCUACUAUAGGAGGAAAAGAGGUCCCAUUAUUCCGAGAGUGGAAUGGGCUGGGGAUGCGGGCAACUUUGACGAGUAUCCGGAUCCUAUCGAGGGCGAAGAAAGUGAGGGGGGAAGAGGGAGGUAUACCGACGAUCUAAGGGCGGAAUGGGAGGAGGCAUUCAAGGACUUCUAG